GCCUCUGUCUGCCUCCUCUCCGGUGAGCGUUGCCUCCGUGUCGCUGCAGUGCUUUGCUGCGCUCCUUGCCUCUCCGUCUUUCUUUCUCUCUUCUCCUCUUCCACUCGCGGCUCAUUUCUUCCUUCUUUCUCACCUGCGUCCCCCCGCAUCUCCUUUCCCCUCUUCCCCGUUCUCCCUCCCCCCCUCCUCCUCCCUGCGGAUGCCUUUAGCCUCUCGCGCCCCACCCGCACGCACUCAGCAUCCCGGCAAAUGGUCCUUCCAUCCACAGCGACUGUGGACUCAGGACGCAGAGAAGAGGCGCACCUUUUCCCUUUUGAUCUGAUCUGAGCACCACUGCGGAUUGACUUGGAAGAGGGGCGGAUCGGGGACUUCUUGGGUAACGAGCAGAAGCUUGAAAGCGCGGCCAAAAACCUUAUUUGGCAAUGCCGGUGCCAGACCAGCCAGCAGAACAGGAGAAGGGGGCGAUGGUUGCCCCUGUUAUGCCUGCCUCUAACGGCGACAGACCUGAGACGGAGACCACCUCAUCCAUCCUCGCGUCUGUCAAAGAACAGGAGCUUCAGUUUGAACGUCUGACCAGAGAACUUGAAGCUGAACGUCAGAUUGUUGCCACCCAGCUGGAGAGAUGCAAGCUGGGAUCAGAUGCAGGCAGCAUGAGCAGCAUCAGCUCCACAGAUGAACAGUUUCGCUGGAAUGCUCAAGCAGAUGGACAGAAGGACAUCGAGGAUGAGUUAACAACUGGUUUAGAGUUAGUCGAUUCUUGCAUUCGCUCUCUACAGGAAUCAGGGAUUCUUGACAGCGGAGAACGCCCGGCUCUUCUUUCCCAGAGUUCCUUGCAGCUCAACUCCACCCCGGAGUCUUCGCUCCAGUACUCUGCCAGCUACCAUAGCAACCAGACCCUCGCCCUUAGCGACAGCAUUUCUGCAGCAACUCCUCAGCGCAGCGGGCAGGUUGGAGGAGCCGUGCACAGCUACAACCAGGUGACAUCUAGUCGUGCAGCCCAGCAGCAUCAAUCACAUACUGGAGCAGGAUCAGGAAUUUACUACUCCAGCUCUACUUUACCUGCUCAGCGGGUCAGUUCCCCCCUUUCUGGGGGAGGAGGCUCAGGGUCAGGUUCUCCCAGUAAACACCAGCGUUUGGGAUCUGCCUCCGACACACCAGGUUAUUCCACUACCCAGCGCCUGCCUUCCUCUUCCCCCUCUUCCUCUCCCAGCAAACAGUCUCCUGCUAACCGACUGGCCAAGUCAUACAGUAGUACAGUUGCUGUGACAACAGCGGGAGGUGGGUCACCACUGAGGGUGGCAUCUCCACCAAACUCUACAGCAACAGGAGGAGGGAACAGUUCAUCAUCGUCCCCUCUUCACCAGAUGAGUUCUGGCAUAGGGAGCUAUGCCACUUUGUCUCCUAAGCGUCUGGCAGCUCACCACGCUUCUGACCAAUACAAGAUCUCACACGAGCUCUACGCUACUGCUACACUACAGAGGCCUGGCAGCCUGGCAGGCUCUCGUGGCUCCUACAGUAGUCAACACAGUCAAGAAGCUCUUCGGCCCUUAGGGUCCCCCGAGCACCACAUAGAUCCUAUCUAUGAGGAACGUGUCUAUCACAAGGGCCCUAUGAGGAGCCUUAGUCAGAGCCAGGGACCAGAUACAGGCCCCUACCGCAACAACACUGCACCCUCUUCCCCUGGUGUCGACUCCACCCCUUUGCAGCGAACAGGAAGUCACGGCACUGGCACAGGUAGCUACAGCCGUGGUGGGACCAACAAUUAUGCCACGGUGGGGCCAGGAUACACUUCAAGCGCCGGUGGAGGAGGCGGAGAUGUUUACGGGUCAGACCCUUACGUGGCAGACCCCUACCGCACCCUGCAGUACUGCCCCUCAGUGGUGGAAUCUCCUUACAGCAAGUCCGGGCCGGCCCUCCCGCCUGAAGGAAGCCUGCAGCGGUCACCUUCCAUCGACUCUAUUCAGAAAGACCCAAGAGAGUUUGGGUGGAGAGAUCCGGAGCUGCCAGAGGUGAUCCAGAUGUUACAACACCAGUUCCCAUCGGUGCAGUCCAAUGCUGCAGCUUACCUGCAGCAUCUGUGCUUCGGAGACAACAAGAUUAAAGCUGAGAUCCGUAGACAGGGAGGCAUCCAGCUGUUGGUUGAUCUGCUGGAUCACAGGAUGAGUGAAGUUCACCGGAGCGCUUGUGGAGCAUUAAGGAAUCUGGUAUAUGGCAAAGCCAAUGAUGAGAACAAAGUGACCCUGAAGAACUGUGGGGGGAUUCCUGCUUUGGUCCGUCUGCUUAGGAAGACUGGGGAUGUGGAAAUCAGAGAGCUUGUAACAGGUGUGCUGUGGAACCUGUCAUCAUGUGACGCCCUGAAGAUGCCGAUUAUCCAAGAUGCACUUGCAGUUCUGACCAACAGCGUCAUCAUACCGCACUCCAACUGGGACUCAUCUCCUGGUCACCUUGAUGACCGCAAACUCCACCUCCAUACUUCCCAGGUGCUGCGCAAUGCUACAGGCUGCCUCAGAAAUGUAAGCUCAGCAGGUGAGGAAGCACGACGGAGAAUGAGAGAGUGUGAUGGCCUUACAGAUGCUCUGCUCUACGUUAUUCAGAUCUCCUUGGGGAGCAGUGAGAUCGACAGCAAGACUGUAGAGAACUGUGUUUGUAUUCUGAGGAAUCUGUCAUACAGACUGGCUGCUGAGACAUCCCACGGCCAGCAAGGUGGUCUCGAGGAGCUGGAUGGGCUGCUUUGUGAUGCAAAUGGAUGUGAAGGGGAGAGCUCCGGUUGCUGGGGGAAGAAGAAGAAGAAAAAGAAGGGAGCUGAGCAGUGGGAUGGUGUGAGUCCCUUUCCCGACACAGCCGAGCCUCCCAAAGGGGUUCAGAUGUUGUGGCACCCCACCAUCGUCAAGCCAUACCUCACUCUGCUUUCUGAAUGCUCAAAUCCCGACACGCUUGAAGGCGCCGCUGGAGCCCUACAGAACCUUGCUGCAGGCAGCUGGAAGUGGUCAGUGUACAUUCGGGCCGCUGUCCGUAAGGAGAAAGGCCUUCCCAUUCUAGUGGAGCUACUGAGGAUAGACAACGACAAAGUAGUAUGCGCUGUCGCCACAGCACUCCGAAAUAUGGCGCUGGACAUCAGGAACAAGGAGCUUAUAGGAAAAUAUGCCAUGAGAGAUUUGAUCCAUCGGCUACCGGGCAGUAGUAGCAGCAGCAACAAUAACACCACCAGCAUUGGAACGUCGGUCAAUACAGGCACUCCCAGCAAGGCCAUGUCAGACGAUACGGUAACUGCCAUAUGCUGCGCACUACAUGAAGUGAUAACCAAGAAUAUGGAGAAUGCAAAAGCUCUACGUGAUUCUGGCGGGAUUGAAAAACUGAUCGGCAUUGCCCGCAGCAAAGGAGACAAACACUCAGCAAAAGUGGUAAAAGCAGCCUCUCAAGUCCUCAGCAGUAUGUGGCAGUACAGAGACCUGCGCUCCCUCUACAAAAAGGAUGGUUACUCCCAGCAUCAUUUUGUGGGUUCUGCCUCAACAAUAGAGAGAGACAGACAGAGGCCCUACUCUUCUUCACGAACUCCCUCCGUUUCUCCCGUCAGGACAUCCCCAAAUAACCGCUCCGCAAGCGCUCCUGCCUCCCCCAGAGAGAUGACGAGUCUGAAGGAACGCAAGACAGACUAUGAUUCCACGGCAACCAACGCUGGUUUCCAUAGCAACAAAGGAGAGCAUACAUCCCGGAAAGACGGCAUGGCAGUUCAAGUCUCCUGCGGGUCAUCUACGUUGUUCCGAAACUCUUACCUGACUGCCAGCGAUGAAAUCAAGCAAAACCAGAGUCCAGCCCCGCCCUGCGUUGUGCCCCCGCAGCCCCAGCAGGACAGCCCGUCAGCAACCAUGCUAAAAGACUACGACCUCUACCCCCCUCCUCCCUCAUUCCCCCAGCCGCAGCCACCACAGCCUCCACCUCACAGCCAGAGUCGGAGCUUCGACGAGGCCUACUACGACGAUCCAGGACCGCCGCCUGUACCGUCGCAGCCGCAGCUGCAGGUGCAGGCCCAGCCUCAGGCCCAACCGCAGCCGCCUCCAAACGCCACCGGACCACCGCGAGAUCCCCGGGAGGACCUUCGAAUGCACCUGGGCCUCAAGUCGACUGGCAACUACGUAGACUUCUACUCAGCCUCACGGCCGUACAGCGAACUAAACUACGAGACAAGCCACUAUCCAGCUUCGCCUGAUUCCUGGGUGUAGUUUGACCGUGACGAUGGGAGGGAGGGGGCAAGCGAGGGUCUGUGUGUGCUUGUGUGGCAGGGAUUAUUUUUUGCAGGAGAUUAUUAGCAGACUAAAACAAGGUUAAUCUAAGUGGCAGUUUGGAAAAGAAAGAAAAAAAAAAAGACUUUAAAAUAUGAUAGGGAAUUUGUGUUUUUAAAAAAAGAGCUGUGAAUGAAUUUGAUGGAGCAAGAAGGGAAAUCAAGCAGAGUGACAAAGAGAACCUGUGCAUGUGCAUGCCAACAUUUUUUUUAUUAUUAUUAUUAUUUUUCUAGACCACUUUACCUUUUUUAAAGUUAGCUCCAUUUCAUCCCAAAUUGGAGUAAGUGGGAGUUGAUAUGAAGAAGUACAACAUGUAUAAGAAGUGGGGAAAAAACGUGGGAGUGUAUGUAAAUGCCUUGAGUGGAGGGAUCAAGAAAUAAUAGAGUGCUGAUGAGGAGAGGCUCUCACUCUGUGGAAGCAGGAAGGGGUCUGACCUUCUAUUGCCGUCAGAGAUAAAGAGAGAUGAGAGACCGAGAUGGCAUGAGCAUUUUCAAGGAGGUGAGGAAAAAUAAAAGCACAGAGAAAGAUGAAAGCACACCAGCCUCAAGGGACGAAGUGGAUGUUUACCAUUUCACCAAAGUGACAAACGUAGCACUGCUUUUAUUCAAUACUUUUUGUUGUUGUUAUUGUUGUUGUUGUUGUUGCCAAGACCUUGCUGCGUGUAGAGUCUUAGGUAUUUGUUUUCAAAGAAUGUCAUUUUGAAGAGACUGUAGGUCAUGUAUUUUUUUUAUUUAUUUAUUUAUUUUACAUUUGUUGUUUUUCCUUUCUACUUUUUUAUAUUUACAAAUUCUUAUUUCCUGCGUACACCUAAAAAUGGGAUUUAAUGUGUAUAUUACACGUUUUGGAUGGACUGCUCAUAAAAAUCCAGAUUUUUAUUUUACGACUGACUGAAACAACAAGCGAAUUCACAAAAAGCUAAACAUGAACACGGCAAUCAGGAAAGACGGGCUAGCUGUGAGUGGACAAAUUAUUAUUAUUUUUUUUUUCUUUUUAUUCCCUCAUUUUAUCCCGGGCCUGAGAGGAAUCCCUGCCAUGUUUGUGAUUUGCUCACUCCAUCAAUUGCAAUUUCUCAAGUGGACAUAAUCAAACAUCAAGAGCAUCUUAAAGGCCGCGAGAGCAUGGAACUGGCAGAGCAGCGGCACUCGGAGUCCCAAUCAAGAAAAGUGCUUUUUUUGUUCACUGCCAAAAGAGUAUAUAGAUGUAUGUUUAAAGCACACUCUUAUGUCUUUGGAAAGGACUGCUGUUUGACUUUGGGGUGGGGGGGGUGAUACGUUCGACAGUGUUAAAAUUCAGCAAUUCCUUUUGCAUCAAAACUCGUCCGUUUGGCCAAAUCCACCUGUUCAUGUCAGUGUACAGUAGAAGUAAAGAAAAGGAGACACAUCACAUUGUGCCAAACUUUGACAGCUCAAGGUCCUAGAAGACUUCACAGGGAGUUUUGUCAAGGUUUACAGAUAUUAACUGGAUGGCUGUCUCUUUUGUUUGCAACUUUGAUUUUCUUGUGCUUUAAUCAGGUGAAGCCGUACUUAUUGCUAGGGGAUUGUGGGCACCUUCUCCCUCCCGUAGUUGUACAGAUCUGCCUCUCCGUUCCGGCCGAGCAUGUGUGGGCGUGCGUUUGGGACACGUGUGUGUUUACGUAUACGUGCAUGUGUGUGACAAGAAUGUGUGGCCCCCGUGAGUGUGCUCAUGUAAGCAUGAGCGAGUGUAUCUAUGCAUGCAUGUGUGUAGUAGUGUGCGUAUGCCUCCGUUUGCGGGGGUGUAUGUGUGUGAGAGUUCCUGUGAAAAAAGAUCAAUGUCCAAACAAGGCAUUCCUGCUGACAGUUUGUCCAGUUUUACAGCAUAAAAAUAAAGAUAAAAAAAAUUGAAAAAAAUCACUAGAUUGAUUGUUCAGACAGAAGACAAAUCUAUAAAUACAUGAACAUAAAUAUAAAUAUAUAAUUAUAUAGAUAUCUAAUUUUUAUGUGCUGAUGUCGAUGUCACUAAUUGCAACAAAUGUUCGCCGAAAAAAAAAAAAAAGUGUUGUAAAACAGGACUCUUGUUCACUUGAUCCAAACCGUAAAAAUGCUGAUAAGCCCGCCCCCCCACACUCACACCCUCCACUGUACACACACACACACACACACACACAUGCACACGCCCCCCUACAGUGUAAUCGAGACAAAACAGAAGUUCCACCUGAAGAUGCUCUGGCUCGAGUUGUGUGUUAUCGUGUGUCCAUGCUUCUUAGAUGAUCCUGCUGAGUGAAGACCGUACUUGAAACAGGAGGGGAAAAAAAAUAAAUAAAAGACUCUUUUCAAAAACUAUAGUCUCUGCAUCUCUCAAUCUCUACAACAAAUUUCCUUUUCACUGAGUUGUCUACUUUUUUCCCUACAUUAUUCACGGUAGGAACCGUUUUCCCUCACACUUGUUUUUCUCAGAACUCACAAGUCAUCGAACGGGAUAGAUGGUGUUGACUGAUCUAAAAUGCUUUGAUGUGCUUUACAACCCACACCUUUUGCGUCUUUCUUGGGAUUCAAGUGUGUUAAAAGAUCUAACAAACGUAAAAAAAAUCAAAUAAAAUAUUGAAACUUUUUCCCACACCAGCUUCAUUUAUAUGCAAUCCUUUUUUUAAAAGAAGGAAAAGAAUUCUUGUCUGUUUCUCUAAAUGCUGAGAAGUUAUUUACUGUGCCAAAGAGCAAGACUUUUUUAAAGACGUAGAUCUGUAAUAAAAUGAUUAGGCUCUUCUGGGAAAAUGUUACAAUUCUGAAUGCUGGAAUAAAAAUCAGAUGAAUUCCUUGUUAUUUCAACAUAGUUUGAGUCACUUUAAGGACUUGUGCUGCUCUUCUUCCUAACGGUCUCAUAAAGUUAUUUUGAUCCUAGCAUAGUGUUGACUCUCACUUCAAGUCAGAAGAAUACCAAACUACCACCAAACACAGUUCCUGAUGUUUAAAUAUCUUUCUAUCCAAUCAUGUUUGAAAACAGCCAUGCUUUCAUUGAGUAUCUUUUUCACCGUUGUAAAUGAUUUGUAGUUGUGUGCAUCUUUCUGUCAUGUGUUUUAUUGACAGAUCAGAGGGGACAUGGAGUGCCCCUUUGCCAUUAGGUUAAGGCAGAUUUUGUGAAUAACCAAACAGUGACAUUAUAUUUAGUGUUGCUUCUGUAUUGCAUAAGUUUACAAAUCUGAUAUAUUUUUUUUUAAUUCUUCUCACUGAUGAAAUUCAUAUCAAUCCAAGUUUCAGAAACGUCAGGACUGAUAAAGGAUCAGAACUUACUUUUUGGAUGGUACAUAAAGAAUUAGAUAUGCAUUAGCUUUUUUUCCAAAUCACAUUUUAGCUUCAAGAGAAUGAAUGAACUUUAAAACUAUUGAAGCAUGGAGUCCAACAUAAUAGCUUUUACAAAAGCAGACAAUUUGUUAGCAUUGUCUGUGUAAAACAGCAGUGUUGACAAAUUAAUAUAAUUUUUUCCUACAAAAAAAAAAUCCUAGGGGCUUAAAUGACAUGUUGUAUUAGAAGGCUUUGUAUAAUAGGCAUGUUAACACUCCUGCUCAUAACGAUGCCUUUCAGAUACCCUAUAUUUAAUGUACUUACACAGCGCAGACAAUGAUAGGCAUGACACUCAAUUUUAUAUUUUCUUUGAAGCAACCCCAAGUGACAGCAGUGGGAUGCAGUUAGAGCAGUCUCCAUAACAGAUGCAUAGAGAUGCAAAGGCUUUUACACACGCCAGUCAUUUUCACAGUACUGUCUGGAAUAGGCUUAAAGAUUCAGUAAUGGAAAUUCCCAUUUUCCAAAUCAUAUAAUUUAUUAUUUUUUUUGCUUUGCCCAUAUAGGUUGGGUUCCAUUUAUCUAGAUAUCCAUUUGGACUGAGUUAAAUAUCAAGCAAAUAAAAUUAAUGGAUUUGUACUGAAGAGAGUCACAUUUGCUACAAUCCAUUGGUAUUCAUGUCUGCCCCUCCUCCUCCUAUUCUCGCCUUUUUUUUUUUUCUUUGAGGCUGUCUAGCUUGGCCUGUGAAUUGCGGUGUUGGGUAAUAAGUCCAUUGCGUUGAUUAUUAGCCUUUACAAUAGAGGCACGGCUUCUCUGCCUGAAUGUAGUCCAACAGUGAAAGGCUGGCAUAACUUAAUGUGGCGUGAAAAUAGCUCUUCAAUUUUCCUGUGCGCAGCCUUUCUAGAAACUGCUCUGUUUCACCCUGCGGAUGCCUCCGGCUUUCUCUGUUUCAUUCUGUCUUUGCCAGUGUUCCCUCUCGACUCUCAUUGCACCCGUGCCCAUUAAGUCAUGGCAAAACUCCAGCUAUGUGGCUGAUGGUGUGUGUGCGUGUGUGCGUGUCCGUGGGUGUGUGCGUGCGUGUGUCUACCCAUGCACAUUCAUGCAGCUGCAUGUCAGCAAAGAGUGGGAGAGGAUUGGGUUGAAGGGAGAGGUCAGACAAAGUGAGAUGUAAGGGGAAAAGGAGAAGACAGAGUGGUAGGGUGUGGGGGUAAUUUAUACGAUGAAAGUUUUUGUGAGAAAUUGCACUAAUGAAGAUGUGAAGCAAGCAGGUCUACUGCGUGUUGUAGAUAGAACUCCACAAAUCAGUCUUUUAGUCUGAACUCAAGAAAUGUUUAAAUGUCAAGAAGAUCUAGUAGUCAAAAGACUUUUGAAAAUAAAGUAUCAAGCAAAAGUAUCCUUGAAAUUUUUUCCAAACAAAGCGUUUCAGAGGAAAUUUGUUGGAGAGUGGCACAGAAGUGCUACAUAACUGUGAAGUUGACUGAAAAUGUUAUAUGGUUUAAAUAUGCAUUUUCUAUACCUGCUUGUCCUGGCAGAAUGACGAGGGUUGCUGGUGCCCAUCUCCAGUGGUCAUUGGCCAAGAAAAUGGGUUCACACUCUCCAGGUCACCUGUCCAUCAUAUUUUUCCUCCAAUUCUUCCUCAUCCCUAAGGAAAAAUUGGAGAGAUCUAGUAAACUAAAUAUCAUGUGUUUGGACUGUGAGAGGAAGGAGGAGUACGUGGAGAAAAUCCUGUCCAUCACCAAAACAAACCAGAAGUGGCUUAGAGUCAAUCUUUAAUGCAGUAACACCUCCAGCUUGAAUUCCUCUGCAGCCUCACACCUCACUGCUACCUCAGAGGUCCUGCAUCUCUCUGACAUACUUCUCCUCCACUCCAGGCCUUCUUUCUCAUGCAAUACCACAGCUGCUAACUCUACCGUGCACGUUCUCUAAAUCUACAAAAAACACAAUGCAGUUCUCUUUUCUGCACUUCUCCAUCAGCAUCCUUUAAGUUAAAUUUGCAUCUGCCUUAGUCUUUCUUGGCAUGAAGCCAUACUGCUGCUCAUAAACGUCUGAUCUAACCCUCUAGCUUCCACCACUCUUUCCCACAGUUUCAUUCACGUAUUAACUUUAUUCUUCUGUAGUUGUUACAGUUCUGUGUAUCUCUCCCAUUGUUAAAAAUCAGAACCAGAAUUCCUUUCCACCCUCUACUGCUCUACUACAACCUACGCUAGACACUUCCAUACCUCCAUUAGGACCAUCUGCCUUUCCCAUCUCCAUCCUCUCCCAAAGCUUGCCUCACAUCUCCUUUACUAAUCUUAGCUGACCCACAGUAGUCACCUCUUAUACUCUUUUCACCUGUUAGUACAUUUCUAUCCCUAUCCUCAAUCCCCCUAACUUGCUGCACAUCCUUUCCAUCUCUGUCUUUCUGCCUCACUAGCCAGUACAAGUCAUUCUCUCCCUCUGUACUACCUACCUAGCAUACAGGUCAUCACACGCCCUUUGGUUAGCGUCUGCCUCCUCUACCUUCACCACAUGCUGCCUCUUCCUUUGCUCUUGUCUAGUCCUCUCAGUGCCCCACUUGUUCUCAGCUAACGUUUUUCUCUAUGUGUGUUCCUGGGUGUUUUUGUUCCACCACCACCAAGUCUCAUUAUCCACUUGACUCCUUCCAGAUGGCACACCAAGUACCCUCCUACCUGUCUUGCUAAUCACAUUAGCUGUAGCUGCCCUGUCAUCUGGAAGCACCUCCUGACCACCCAGUCUCAACUCCUUCCGGAAAACCCCCCACUUUUUUAAUG